AUGAAACUCGAUUUGGGCGACGGAACGAUAGUUCUCGAUGUAGAUUUGCAACUAAACAACAGCGCGGGCGAUGGCCCCCAAAAAUUGAGCCCUACAAGCUGUGCUCGCGUGCUGGCUUACAUUGACCGUUUAAAACUGCCCCUGUGGGUGCUACGGGGCGCUGCGUACACGUGCUGGAGCGAAAGCCCAACGACAGCGGCGUAUUUCCGGUCAAAGCUGUUGAAAAAGAGACACGUUCGUCGUGGGAUCAUAGCGUCGCACAAGGAAGGCCAUUGUAUGUUCUACGCAUCGCAGCCGGAUCCGGAGAAGCUAGUUUUCGAGAUAUACUGUGUAGAGCUCGAUAUCCUCUCGUGCAGGCACCGACUGGACCUGCAACUGCCCAAAAGCACAGGAGCCAGCGGCGAAGUCCUGGACAAUUUGGUGGCCCGCAGACAGCAGCGACAGCUGCGCAGCCGAUCUCAGGUCUCUACGCACGCGCAGUUCGCCGAUGUGAAACGUCAGUUCGUGAAAACGGCCGCCAGCUGCAUCCGAAGCGGCCUGCGUCUGCGUGGCAUGCCCGAAGCGCAGCCAGAGUUUCAGUUGCUGUACAAAACCACACUGUCCACAGUGGAGUUCGCUCACAGACACGAUUUGAACGCUCCACGACACCCGGUGCCCUUUGAGCUCGUCCAGGAAUCCGUAGAGACCGUUCUGAGACUUUUCACGGGCACGUGA